AUGGGCCGACCAGGUGCAAAUCUAAAACCGAUUGCAGAGAAGAAAGAAAUGGGUGGAGCCGAAAAAGAACGGAAGAGGAAGUUUCAGCAAGCUGAGGACAACAAAAUGUCCGUGACGAUGUCCAAAUUUGUUAAACGAGCACCAAUAAAUCCUCCAAGCAGCUCGGAUGGCUCGUCUCUACAAAAUGGAAAUCAAAUCCCAGAACGCUCGCCGUCAUCUAAUCGAGACGUCUUGCCAGUGCCGGUGGAUAUUUCAGAAAAUUUUAAAGAAGAUGACACUUAUCCCAGUUUAGGCAUGGAACAAACUGACGAAAAAGAUAACAACUCUGUGUUAUUUGAUGAAUCUCACCCCAGCACUUGGACCACACCUCUGUCACAAUUGCAGAAAUCAAUAUUACUGUCAAAACUUCCGGUACAGAAAAUGUUGGAUAAUUUUCCCAAACGAGGACAACUUUCAUUCAACCCAAGUCAUUAUAUGAAAAAGGCGACCGGCACAUCAGGAAGGGAAUGGCUUGUUUAUAGUGUUUCGACGAACAGUUUAUUCUGUUUUUCAUGCUCUGUUUUCACCGGUACGACUUCGACCUUGGCAAAUUCUCCCUGGACGAAUAUUGGCAUCAACAAUGUGGGAUUUACGGAUUUUCCUCAUCAGGCUCGAGCGAUCAAACUCCACGAGGAAUCCCAAGCCCAUUUUCAAUCAGUGAUUUGCUGGAAGCAAUACGAGAAAUUACAUUCUUCAUCAAAAUUAAUUAACCAAUCAGUCCAAGAAGCAACGCUGAAUGAGAUCAGUUUCUGGAAGCAGGUUCUACAUAGUAUGCUGGACGCAAUUAUUUUCCUUGCAAAAAAUAAUCUAGCAUUCCGAGGAACAUCGUCUAAACUUGAUGACCAUGACUGUGGGAACUUCCUCUCAUUAAUUAAGUUGUUAGGAAAAUAUUAUCCCCCUCUGGCUCUUCAUAUCAGUCGCCUCAAGAAAUCAAAAGUCAGCUACAUGUCGCCCAGCAUUCAGAACGAGUUUAUUUAUUUGUCCGCUGCAACUGUGAGAAAGGAAAUUUUGCAAAAUGUUAAGGAACGUGAUUACUACUCGAUUAUGUUUGAUGCUACGCAAGAUGCAUCUCGAAAUGAACAAAUUAGUCAAGUUUUGAGAACUGUCAAAAUUAAUGCUGGUGAAUGCAAGAUCGAAGAAAAUUUCAUUGAUUUCAUAAACUAUGAUGGAAAGUCCGGCCUACAAUUAACAGAAAUGAUAAUUCGGAAAUUAGUAGAAGACGGAUUGGAUAUACAGAACUGCAGGGGUCAAGUAUAUGACAAUGGCUCAAAUAUGAGCGGUUUUUAUCAAGGUGUGCAGGCAAGGUUUAAAGAAAUUAACAAGAAAGCUAUAUUUAUACCGUGUCCGGACCAUUCAUUAAACCGUGUAGGAGAAAGUUCUGCCAAUAAGGUGCUUCCUGCUAAAUUGCUACUUGGUCAAAUACAAUGUUUGUUCGUAUUCUUUUCGGGAUCUACAUCAAGAUGGUCAGUCCUAAAAUCUCAUAUUAAUAAAUGUUUGAAAGGACAUUCUAGUACUCGCUGGGCGUCCAAAGCAGAAGCUGUCUCCACUUUAUUCGAAGAGUUUGAAGGAACAUGCGAGGCUCUAAUCGAAUUAACCAACUCGGAAGAAGUUAAUGCUCAGACAGUGGCUGAUGCAAACUCGCAAUUUGUCCGAAUUUUUAAUUUCAAAUUCAUUCUUGGCUUAACCAUUUGGGACUUCAUUCUAUCAAGAAUCCAGAUUACAAAUUUGGCAUUGCAAGAUAAGUCCAUUACGCUGGAAAUAGCAAGCAAGCAUGUCAAAGGUUUGCUGAAUUGGCUCAAGGAUUUUAAACUGCAAGGGUUUGAGAAAUCUGUCAGAAUAACAGAAAAGAAAGCAGAAGAUAUUGGAAUAACAAAAGAUUCCGGUUUUCAUUAUCGACUAACAAGAGGAAUUAGACCACUUCGUUUCCGUGAUGUAGGUUCCCGUGAAACACACGGUGCAACACACCAAAACAAUUUAGAGAAAUUUGAAUCAGAUUUUUUUAUUGCUUUAAUUGACACCAUGGUAGAUCAAUUUGGGCAUCGUUUUGAUUCCAUAUAUGAGACUACAGAGGCCUUUAACUUUCUCUGGGGAAUUUCGCUCAAUCAAAAUAAUACAGAGUCAAAUAUUAAGGCAGUACAGGACCUCGCCAAGAAGUACGAGAAUGACUUUGAGUUGUCAGUAUUUUGUAAAGAGAUAUUAUAUUUAAAAAGUGCGAUUACACCAUUCAUCGAAGACCGUUCUGUGGAGAAGAUGUCAGCUAUGGACAUUUUAAAUAUUUUAACUAUCAAUGGGCUGCAGCAGCAAUUCAUAAAUUGUCACACAGCAUUAAGGAUCUUCUUGACAAUUCCAGUCACUACUGCCACAAAUGAGCGCAGUUUUUCGAAAAUGAAAAUUAUGAAAAAUUAUCUCAGGUCAACUAUGGGUCAGCAGCGCCUUAGCGAUUUAUCUAUUCUAUCAAUUGAACAUGAUAUCGUGGAACGUCUCUCAUUUGAUGAAAUAAUCAAUAACUUUUCCAUUUCAAAAUGUCGAAAAGUGAAAAUUUGA